AUAUAUAUAUAUAUAUAUAUAUAUAUAUAUAUAUUGUUAUAAACUUGGUGGUGGCACAGAUGGGGGUAGUGGUGUGAGUGUAGUCAGCCGACGCAAUUCGCCCCAGGCCAGCGCUAGACGAGCGGUCAACCGUGACGAGCUACGACGGUCAACCGAGUCGAGUAUCAACAGGACGGUUCGGGAAGGAUCGCCGUCGUGAACAGAGCUCAUGAGCGUCACGAGAGUUGUAGUCAUCUGACCACCUAGAAACGUCGAGCGGCGUUCUGUCCGGUUCGAGAAGGCCAGUAGGGACCCUAUAUAAAGAGCGGAGGUGUCGCAGUCAACACAGUCGAGAAAAGGGGCUCAAUACAGCAAGGUUCAGAAAGCGGGUUCACGACAGGAGUUCAGAACACGGUCGACUACAGCACAGUUCAGCGGUGUGGUUCUGUACGGAGCAUUACGACGGUUCAGUGCGGAGUACUGUCAAGUACAGUUGAGACGAACGGCGUCUUGAUCUUGGUCUGUGAUCGAGUCCGACACAACGAGCCCAAGUGUGUGAAGUCAGUCCUGAACUGUUGAACACAGUGCAAGCCCGGAACGAGACGGAGAGGCCAGUGCAAGACUUGAUACGGCGGAACGGUGUUAUCGGAGAGAUAUUUGUUAUCGCAGAGCUAUUUGUACUGUUCUACGUGCUGCCAAUUGUACAGUAUUGGCUGUUAUUUAUUCAACUUACGUUACGUUACUUCGGAGCUCUGAGUUGUCAAGUUCUUUAAGUUGGUGGUGUAAGGUGCAGUUUGCAGAGAGCCUGGAUAGUGAGAUUCGUAACAAUAUAUAUAUAAACUGUAUCAUAGCUUAUAUAGAUAUAGAUAGAUAUAUUUGCUGAGCAGAGUUCGUACAGAGGUUAGCUUAAUGUAAUUUUUAUUUCAAAAGAUCUGAGGAGAUACCAUCGCAUCCACGGGCUUUGCCAGGGGCCAUGUUGUCUAUGGCUUUGUUAGGUUCUAUUAGGGUCAAUAACUAAUUUCUUGUGGGUAAUUGGUUGAUACCGUUAAGGGCUGGGGCAGAGACUGAGCUUGUUGUAGCGUAGAGUUUGGAGUAUGUUCUACUCAUCUUUGAAUAUGUUCGCUCUUGUCUGUAAUAAUUUCCCCAGUGGUUGAUUUGAGAGGUGCUGAUCUGUUUUGGGAGGUACCGAGAGCCUUUUCGAUUCCUUCAUACAUCCCUCUUAUGUUGCCUGCUUGAGCUACGAGAUGAUUAUUCUCACUAAGCUCUACCCAGUAUUCAUUAGCAAAGAUCCAUGCUGUUCUCUUCCAAAGAUGUCCAGGUAAGUCUUUUGUAUGGUGGACUUGAGGUGUUCCCAUUUUUCUGUUGCUGUAUUUCCAGAAGCAAUUUUGUAGAAAAAGAUUCCGCUACCUGUAUCUGGAGGGUGGCACAUCUUGCUUACAUCCGAUUGGGGUCUUCCAAUCUUCUUAGUAUGGUGGAUAUUUUUAUGGAGAAAUAUUGAUCUUACAACAUAUCAAGGCGUAAUCUUUGUCACAGUCUGCACUGCGAUAGGACCUGACAAGCUUGACAAAUUUUAAGCACUUGUGUCUUACCAUGAUUAGAUCUAGUUGGUGCCAGUUUUUGGAGCGAGGAUGCUGCUAGGAUACUCUGUGCUGUGGUUUAGUCUUGAAAUAGGUAUUAGUGAAACAGAGGGAGUGUAGAGAGCAGACCUCGAGAAGCUUUUGUUCAUUUUUAUUUACUUUUUCCACAUCAAAACGCCCAAUACAGCUGCCCCACGCAGAGUUGUCAGAUCAACGAUUGCAUUGAGGUGGUCUAGAAUGAUAACAUGUUCAGUAUUUGGGAUCUCACUGAGAGAAAAUGAAAGAUUUUCAUAGAACAUGUCUUUGGCCUUUAGUGUAGAACUCAAAGAAGAAGCAUAGGCAUUUAUCAAAGUCACGUGUCCAAUAGAUGUGUUAAGGCGUAGUGACAAGUCUUUAGAUGUUGGCAAGAAGGUGAUGUGUCACAGGACACGCGGGACGCUAAAAUCGUUACCUUGUACAAGAACAAGGUGACAGAGACUGCAACAAUUACACUAGAAUUUCUCACAUAAAUAUUGCAGGCUCGAGUGAUACUUUCCAGGCUACAAAAACUCGCUGAUCGGAUCUAUCCAGAAUGUCAGUGCCGUUUUUGCUAAGGGAGAUCCAAAAUUGACAUGAUUUUCUUCAGUAGAAAAAAAAAAAAAUUAAAAACAAGAAGAAAAUGUCAGGCGAGCGAUCACUAGAUGCCUGACUCACUAUAUAAGAAGAGAAAAAGAGGUUCAUUCUUAUGUGCAUAUUGAUCGUUUUUUAACUCUGAGCUUCAAUUCCUACAACUCUUACUGGAAGCAAUCAUUGAUGUAGUUUUUUUAGCAGAUAAAUUUGUAGCAAUCCAAUCGAAAAAAAAAUUCUUUAGUUCAACAACCAACAAAGUACUGUAGAUGUCAGUUUCAAAAUAUUGGCGUAUCUGAUGAUUUUCCAAAAGGAGACAUUCAAACAGAAAUACUAUGACUGAGAAAGGAUCUAAAGGCAACAAACGUUAUUCUUUAAUAAACUAAAAAAUCGACAUUGCAUGAUUCAUAUGCCACGAAGACCUUAGAAAAUAUCUCUAAAUCACUUAACAAAGCCUUCAACCGUUUCUUACCAUCUGCUUAUCUAUAGCGUCUAGUGUGAAAAAGGAUUAAAAUUAAAAUUAAGAACUGUUGAGACAAACAAACAGAAGAAACUUUCACUAAGUGGAAUUUUAUUUUAAAAAAUGAGAUCAUUACUGGCAUUAACAUCAUGCUAAUUAUACGUUAUUAAGUUUAAAAUUCAGGAAAAAAACAACAACAUUGUAAUUGAUUUAUGGUUGCAUUUUUGUAAAAUUGAACUAAAGAAGACAAUGUCAGCGAUUCCAAAGAUUAAGGAUGCGUUCAGAGUUUCACAUGACUACGUAAACACAGUGAACCGUAGAUAAAUUGUAAUAAACAACUGAUUUUAAAAUUUAAUAGACACUCAUUUUAUUUUUGAACAAUCAAAUAACGUAGGUAAUUAUAAACUAUAUGUGUUACAGCGCAACAAACAAACGAAAAGAAAAAGGAUUUUUUUAAAUGGGUGGGGGGAGGGCGGGGGUGACACCCUGAGCUGACCGCACCGGGUGACACCCACUCUAGUGACGCCACUGACUAAAGGAAAUCUUUUUUUUUAAACGAAAUUUUUUUUUUUUUUGAGGAUUUGAAUAAGAGAUUGACCCUUUACAAAACAAUUAGAUCAAUUAGAUAUUCAUUAUAAGACAUCAGCAGGUUCGCAUUUAAUUUCACAUUCACUUUCACCUAUCCUUUGGUCUGCUGGACCGCUGGGGCACCACACAAGAUCUGUCAACCUUCUUUCUCCAUUCUUCUCUGUCAUUUGUCUUUAAUAUAAUUUAAUGGGCAAUGUAGGACUAAUGCGUUUCGUUUCUUUGAUUAAAAAGUAGAAUCAUAAAUUGGGCCGGAAGUGCCUUUUUUCCUUAUAUAUCUUUGCAUUUUUCAGUUCUCUUUUUUAAUUAAACUGACAUUAUUAUGCUAUAAUUUUAAGUGUGCCUGAUAGAGAAAAACAAUUCUGCACAAAAAUACGGGUAGUUGGUAUAAAACCCGAUAGAGGCUAUAAAAAGAAAAGACCUGAAACUAGCGCAUGACAUUACACAUUUACAGUACUUUAUUUGAUGAGUCUUUCACCCAAGAUCUGUUUUGUGUUUUUUAGGACUAGCUUAUUUCAAGUACCCGGCAUUUUUCGAUACACAAUUUCAUACACAAAAUAAUUGUUGAAAAAAAAAUGUAGUCAUUUUAAACUUUAAAUGAUAAGUUAAAAAACUGUUAUUCUAAUCAAUUUUGAAUAUUUUUUUGUUAUGAAUGUCACUGUAUAAUUUGUGUCUGUUUUUUAGUAAGUAAAGGGGUCGUGUUUUCUCCUUAUGUGUAUACCUGAUUUCUCCAAGCAGCCUUUGUAAAAUAUUGGCCCAAAAUAAUGCUAUGUUUAUAAAUAAAAUAUCGCAUGGCUGCAUAAUGAUUAACGUACGUGCUAGUUAAAUAUAUUUUAUUUUACUUUGUAAUUAAAAACAACUGUAUAAAUAGACGUAAUUUUCAUUUUUUUUCUGUAAGACAAAGCCAUAUGGCACAUUUUCGUUUAUACCCUUAUUCUAAAAAGGAAUAAUAAAUAGAAUUAUACAUUUAAAAUUAUCACUAAGUAUUUUUAUUUUUAAUAUUUAUGAAAGUCUAACUGAUAAGAUUAUAAAGAGAGUUUGUGUUUUUGCAAAUGUACACAAGGUACAUAUUGUGUUAGUCCAUCUCUUCCAAUUGUUUAGAAAUGAGUGUAAAAAAGGUAGGCUUCGAUUAUUAUUACUUUUCUUGUAUUUUAACGUAUUGUUACAAAUGAACAGUGAUAGGUAGAGGUCAACGUAUGACCCCGGCGAGAUGACACAGCAGCGAGUGUCCUCUGGAAUCUACAUGUACAAACAAAGACAGGAUGUGACGUGCCCUCACGUGUUGUUCCAGGGGACGAACAGAUCUAAGUAGGGGGACAGUUACUAAUGAAUAGUGACAGAUAGAGGUCACUACGUGUGACCCCAACUUGAUGACACUGCAGCCGAUGUUUUCUGGAAUCUACAUGUAUAAACAAAGACAGGAUGUGACGUUUCCUCACGUGUUAUUUCAGAGGAUACUAGCCGUGUUUGUGCAACUUUGGACAAGCGAUUAGGGACUCUAUAUAAGCCAGAGAGUUAAUGUUAAAGUCAGUCGUAUGGAGUCGUAUGGAGUCGUGAGUGAGCCGUUACAGUCGAUACAGACUAUGUAAGACGUGUGCGGCUCUGUGGAAGAGAAAUGUGUACGACUCGGUGCAAGUUAACUAGGGUAGAGUUAACUGGAGUGGACUACUGUCGUUAAAGUCUAUACAGCGAACUACAGUGGACUUGAGCCGUUACAUUCGAUACAGUCGAUGUAAGACGUGUGCGGCUCUGAUUCGGUAGACUUGAGUACGACUUGGUUCAGCUUUGGGAGACCUGGAGCGACACUGGGAAGUGUGUCGUUGGUCUGUUCUGUGGAAUACGGCUCGAUGCAAGUUGAGAUAAGAGGAAUUGCAACGAAGUGAAGAGAUGCAGUGCAACGAAGUAUAGCUAACUGUAAACUGACAGAUAUUGUACAGUCUUCUACGCUACAUGUUACAGUAAUGUUAGAGUUAAUAGUCAUUAAAGUUAUAUGAAACUGAAAGUUUAGUCGUCAAGUUCUUUACAGUGUUUUUAUUUGUGUGCCUACUAAUACUUCUAGCCAGAAGAUUCAGAAAUACGUAACAAUUGGUGUCAGAAGUGGGAUCUUUCUGGCUAGAAUGUAUUCCUACAAACUUCUUAAUGAGCUUGACAUGAAAGAACUUAGACAAGAGCUUCGAGAAAGAGGUCUACAGCUUAACGGAAAUAAGGAAACGCUAACAGCACGUCUCAGACAAGCCCUGUUGGAGGAAGAUGAGAAUCCGGACACUUGCCAAUUUGAAAUCAAACCUAAUACGAUGGAGCUCCUGAGAACUUUGCAAUACAAAAUGAACUCGGUGAAAGAGAGCAUUAAGAAGAUAGAAUCAGAAAUCAACACCAGAUUUUCUUCAUUUAACCAGUUGAUCAAAGCCAUGAAUGAAAAUGAACAAAUAGCUACCACGCCCAACAAGACAGAAGAACAAACAAAUACGAUAAAAGAUCAAACGAGAAUCAUGAUGAACGAGCUGCUGAACACCCAGCAGUAUCAGAUUGAGUCGACUGAUGAAAGAGCUACACCGUUGAUGAACAGCGAACAAUUGUCCAACCAAGGAUGUGGCAAUACAGACAAUUACGAUAGGGAUGCUGGUGAUGGUUGUGCUGUCUGUGACUGUGAUAGCAAACCAAACGAAUGUGGCCCACAAGAAAUGAAAAGAGACGAUAGCUGUUACUAUUUCAACGAAAAGCAGAAUGAGAGCGCUGAAGAAACAAUAGAAGAGACCUAUAGUUUGACCGAAGCUUUAGCUAUAGAUAAACUUGAUAUGAUUACCUCAACCAGCCAGACAGAUCAAGACAACGUUGGGUCUGCGUCCAAGCCUGUUGCUGUGGGCCUUAAAGACUUCUGUCUAUCUGCCAGUGUCUACGAGAGGAACUCGAAGCUUGAUUAUUGCACCCAUGUGUUUGACAAGAACUGUACGUACGUAGCUUUACAAGAAGACUGUGAAUGCCAAGAAAUACCCCAGCAAGGUCUGGACUUAACAGAAGCAUGUCCAGCUGUCAAGAUCAGCGCGAGAAGCCCUGGCGAAAGUCAAGGAAACACAAUAGAAUCUGAUGCUGAAGUUGAUGGACCUUUGCACGUUGAAUGUUAUCAACCUGCCCCACAGGCGAGUGCUCCAGACUCGGAUGAAGGUGAUGACGUGUUUGACACCUUGCCUUCAAGUGGACUUGCAGCUCAUUCGCAAAGCACCCAUCGAAGAAUAAUGCUGAAGCAACUUGUUAGAUCAACAGUCUUGAUGACUACAGCUAUGAAAUGCAAUGCCUUCCUAUGUGCUAAGUCGCUGCCAUCAGCAUUGAUCGACAGGAAAGCAAGACAACGACAACGACAUCAACGCAACCGAAGAAAUAUCAAAUGGAGGGGGCGGAGAAAGCGACACAUGCAGAGUGCAACGUGGAUGGCCCCAACAAGAUCAAGAUACAAGAACACCCCUUCUCCCACUGAUAGACCCCCACCUGCACUGAUAAAACUCCACAGCCCAUAUUGUUAGAAAACAAGCCCACCACUUCUCCCACUGAUAGACCCCCACCUGCACUAAUGAAACUCCACAGCCCAUGUUUUUAGAAAGAUUCUGUCCGGAACCAUCAGACCAAAGAAGAAAGCCUUACGAAUCAGUUAAAAGUGUGAAGCCACUAAUGAAUAAUCUAAGAACAUUCCUCAUGAGAAUAGGUUGAUGAAGUAUAACAGAGGUUUUAGAAGAACGCUAAUUAAGUCAGAAGCAAGAAGGACAGAAAAGAAGUAGUUUAAGAUGUCAGAACUGUAGUGAGUAACCAUCUGUGACAGAACUGUACAAGAAGAUCAACCCAACAGGCAUCGUACAAACCCAAAGUCAGUUGCUGUUGUAAGAAGAACAUGUGAAUAUUGCUGUACUGUAAUGAACCUGGUCAUCUCUGAAGAAGCUCUGGAAAAAGCCUAACCCAUCUGUAAAAAGAUGCUUGAAAAUGUAAAACUCAGCCAGUGAAGCACGAACUCGUUAGAAUGCUGAUGAAUUUUCUCGACAAGAGUGCCCAAUGUCGUCAUCUGAAGGUCGAUGUUUCCAUACCAAGAUUGAUGAAAACAUUUGUUAGGAACUGCUGAAAAAUGAGGAUUUGGCUCCCAUUCUUCUAUGGAAAGAAGAUGGACAACUGCCAGAUUGAAAGAACAUCUCUGAGAAGGGGGCAACCACCAAAGCUUCCUUGAUCGUCGAUCGAUUUUAUCAGUAUCAUGGUGAAGUAGAAUCUGUUCGGGACGAACAGAUCUAAGAAGGGGGCAGUGUUACAAAUGAACAGUGAUAGGUAGAGGUCAACGUAUGACCCCGGCGAGAUGACACAGCAGCGAGUGUCCUCUGGAAUCUACAUGUACAAACAAAGACAGGAUGUGACGUGCCCUCACGUGUUGUUCCAGGGGACGAACAGAUCUAAGUAGGGGGACAGUUACUAAUGAAUAGUGACAGAUAGAGGUCACUACGUGUGACCCCAACUUGAUGACACUGCAGCCGAUGUUUUCUGGAAUCUACAUGUAUAAACAAAGACAGGAUGUGACGUUUCCUCACGUGUUAUUUCAGAGGAUACUAGCCGUGUUUGUGCAACUUUGGACAAGCGAUUAGGGACUCUAUAUAAGCCAGAGAGUUAAUGUUAAAGUCAGUCGUAUGGAGUCGUAUGGAGUCGUGAGUGAGCCGUUACAGUCGAUACAGACUAUGUAAGACGUGUGCGGCUCUGUGGAAGAGAAAUGUGUACGACUCGGUGCAAGUUAACUAGGGUAGAGUUAACUGGAGUGGACUACUGUCGUUAAAGUCUAUACAGCGAACUACAGUGGACUUGAGCCGUUACAUUCGAUACAGUCGAUGUAAGACGUGUGCGGCUCUGAUUCGGUAGACUUGAGUACGACUUGGUUCAGCUUUGGGAGACCUGGAGCGACACUGGGAAGUGUGUCGUUGGUCUGUUCUGUGGAAUACGGCUCGAUGCAAGUUGAGAUAAGAGGAAUUGCAACGAAGUGAAGAGAUGCAGUGCAACGAAGUAUAGCUAACUGUAAACUGACAGAUAUUGUACAGUCUUCUACGCUACAUGUUACAGUAAUGUUAGAGUUAAUAGUCAUUAAAGUUAUAUGAAACUGAAAGUUUAGUCGUCAAGUUCUUUACAGUGUUUUUAUUUGUGUGCCUACUAAUACUUCUAGCCAGAAGAUUCAGAAAUACGUAACAGUAUAUUACUAAUUAAUUAGUAGUUGAAAGAUAGGCAAUCUAUCUCUGAGUACCCGCACCAAUUUUUUUUUAUUUCACAAAAAAAAAAGCACUGUAUAUAUUACUUUCAGCCGACAUGCCGUAUUAUUAACAACACCUAUAUAACAUUUAAUAUUAUAUAUAAACGAAGCGGAUAUUCGAAACAAAGUUUUCAUUGCCGGAAGUGGUAAUAAAUGUAAACAGCCCACUACCUACUACCUAUAAAAUGCUUCCUAAUGACAUGCGUCUCAAAUAACCUCUGACAACCAGUCCAACUCCUGGCCUUCACGUGUGGCUCGGAUAUUGAGUCUUUCGGAACUGUUCUAACCCUCAAAGGCGAAUAACUGGCUCCUGAACCAGUAAACUUCGGGCAGGGCAGGAGGAGCUCGUUAGCCAAGGAGAAGGAAAACUCUGAAAUUUCGUUUAUACCCUUAUUCUAAAAAGGAAUAAUAAAUAGAAUUAUACGUUUAAAAUUAUCACUUUCAGCUAUACCCAAUCAUGGGAAAAGCUUCGGGAGUCAACCCUGAGGAAAAAUCAGGAGCUGGCGACUUUAAGGUGAUUUGCAGCAUCAAUAGCUACACUCUGACAGAACCUGCGACGCCCUUGACCCGAAACUGUGUCGGCUCUGCCGUUCCUUUGGGUACAUCAGCUGCGUGGAGAGGGAAACUGAUAUGUAUGUGUGUGGUCGACAUUGUUCCGACCACAGCUAAUGCCCAAGCAUUCAUCUCAUUUCCAUGAUAGUCCCUUCGCAACUGAAGGUGGCUAUGGUAGUAGUAGUAGUAGAAUAUUCGCAUUUGUAUGUGUGUUUAAUCUGAUAUUAAAUAUGAAGGUCGCAGCUUAGGUUGCGUAGCUACAUGAAAUACUGCACUCCUAAUUAAUUAUUAUUAAAUAUUAAGGGAUAUGUUAUUGCAACUAAACAAUAUAUAUGUCAGUCGCAAAUAGCCCAAUUUUUAUGUAAAAGAAGUUACGAUAACACAUACACCUAGGCCUAUAUAAUUUCCGGAAAUUAUUGUUGGCAUAGAGAUUACUAACUACUGGGUUGUUGUUGUUGUUUUUUUUGUAUGAGCUCUGUUGCGCAAUUGUUUACUGUUGUUUCUUUUGCAUUAUCAAACGUGUUUUGUUAAGCUAUAUAUAUAUAUUCCCUUACCGGUAUAUACUAGAGUCUAUAUCUCAACAUUAUUUUACUUCAACGUCAUCAUCUUCUGUUUUGAAGUCACAUCUGUUAUUUAAAAGAUUAUAUAGAUCUAAUGGAUGUAAACAGUUUUCUAGACUUAAGCUUAGUACAACUUCGAGAAGAAUGUAAAAAAAGAGGUGCCAAGAUAGCUGGAAGAAAGAAAGAUCUGAUUGACAGACUAAAUGCCUAUGAAAGAAACUGUAAUUUUGGAAGAAAAGUAGAUGAUACUGACUAUGGUUACUCCAUGUGCAUUCCCAAUUUAAAUUACAUUGAUGUGAAUUCAGAAACAAUUUUUUCCUGAUGUCACAGAAAGAUCAUAUUUGGACCAGUUCAAUGCACAAAUCAGCAAAACUGCAAAAUUACUUAAUGAUGAAAGGUACAUUGUGUUUUUGAAACAUGGAGAUUCUGACAGCUAUGUAUUUUUUAAAGCAGCAAUAUUCGCCCAAAUGAAGAAAGUAAAGUAUCUAACAGAUUAAAAAAUGGACGAAAAUGGCAUAAUAUUUGAAGCGCAAUAUCAGCAAUGUGAGUGUCCAGUUGGCAUGGGUCCAAAUGCACACUGUAAACACAUACAAGUGAUACUCUAUGGACUAAGUAUAUAUAACAAGGAUAAAGAAUUGAAAAUUCAGCUAAUAUGUACAGAAAAAUUACAACUAUUCCAUGUAGUAAAAAAACAUACAGGUUCACCUGUAAAAGCAGAGUCUUGGAAACUUUUGGUUCCAGACAAUAUAAUCUAUGAUCCCCGCACAUACAAAAUGCCUAAGGAAAAUUAUAAUUCAUUUUUUAGAAACAUUUGGAUGUCUGCUAAAGAUGUCCCACAAAGCCCUUUUUUCCAAAUAUAUGAGCCUGCCAAUAUUUGUGCUUAUGUCAAUGACCAUGAGUACACUAAAGUUCCUUUAAUGGAUAUUUAUUUUAAAAGAAAAGUAUAGGCCUUUAAGAUGAUACAAAUGAGGAUAUUAUUAAAAUAAAAAAGAAAACUAGAGGACAGUCAUUAAAUAAAUUAUGGAUUGAAGAAAGACUAAAAAGGGUUCAGUCAUCAAUUUUUGUUAGUAUUUGUAAGGCAAGAGAUAUAACUGUAUUGGAUAAUUUAGCAUUAAAAUGUCUGAAAAAGGUUAAAUUAAAAACUAGUGCAAUUAAACAUGGGCAUAAAUAUGAAGCCACUGCUAUCAAAAAGUAUAAAUUGUAUAGUGGCCUUGAAGUACAAAGAUGUGGAAUUUUCAUUUCUUAUCAAUUUCCAUUUUCGGGAUCUUCUCCUGAUGGGAUUGUUAAAUUGCCAGAUGGCACUAUGGAAGUAAUUGAAGUUAAAUGUCCAUACGUGGCAAGGGAAAAAUGCAUUGAUGUAACUACUGUGCCAUACCUAUGUGUCACAGAUGAGGGAAUUUCUCUAAAAAAAAAGUCAUAAUUAUUAUUACCAAGUUCAAGGUCAAAUGUUGUGUACAAAAGCUAAGAUUGUUACAUAUAUUACCUUCACCUUGUAAUAUUUUAAAAUCAUAACCAUACAUAGAGAUGAUGAGUUCAUCAAAAUAAUGGUAGACAAAAUAGUUUUAUUUUAUGAAAAUCACUUUUAAAAUGUUUUGCUACAGUCAAAUUUCUUCAAAUCAAGUUUUGAUUGAUUUUUUACUAUUGUAACUUUGCAAUUAAAACUUCCAACUGUCAUCAUGCAUGUACCAGGUUUUAACCCUGCUGUUUUGAAGAAACAUCCAAACAUAGGAAAUGUUUUUUUUUUUAUUUCUAACAAUGCAAAAUCAAUGUAUUUUGAAAAAUUAACCCAAGUAAUAAAAACAUUCUGAACUGUAUAACUAGAAACAUUAAACAUUCUUGCUACUUCAGCUAUAGGAAAAUAAUAUGUCUUAGCCUAACAAGCAUUAAUAAAAAAUGGUCAACACUACUCAAACAAUCACAAGAUUGUGAAUAAAUGUAUUUCAGAUUAUAUACACUUGGACCAAGAGAAUGAAAUACUGUUAAAAAAUUUGAUGCAGUCUCCAACCCAGUGUAAUGAUUAAUAAUAGAAUCUUGAUUUUUAAUUUUUUCAAGCACUAAUUUUCACAUGUUCUUCAAUAUUUUAUCAUGACAAAGUGGAUAACUAUCUUCAGGAGAUGCACUGAAAAUAAUAUCUGUAUUAUCACAUGUAUAAUUAAAAACUUGUUCUGAUCCAACGACUUGCUCUUCCGUUACCACAUUAUUUGAAUUAAUAAUUUGUUCUGAUCCAAUGACUAGUUAGAUAUUAGCACAUCCUCUGAAUUAAUAACUGCAUCUGAUUUAAUGAAGGCUUCAUCAUUCAUUUGUAUAGAAUUUACUUGACAGCAUGUAGAUAUUUCUUCAGUGUUCAUUUGUUCGCAACAUUUUCUUUCUGUUCUUCUUUUUGUCCAAAGUCCAUUUAAAUACAGAGGGAAUGGCUGUCUUUUUCAGUUUACUAUAUAUUCUAUUUAGUGCUGAAAAAUAGUAUAUAAAUUAGAUAGAUAUAUAUUUUUAAUAGAAAUAAUGUGCAAAUGAUUAAUUUUAUAUCAUGUACAGAUUAUUCUAUGUCAAUGUCAAAAACUGUUUUUAUAGAUUUAAAUUAACUUUCCAUAUCUCACUA